AUGAACGAAGUGGACGGUAAUAUUGUCCCCGAAUAUGAGAAUAAUAACAAUGAGCUGUUAUGUUACUCAAAACUUGAUAAAAGUCGAGUAGUUCGAUGUGAAACAGCAUGUGUUCAGAAGACGUUAAUUUCCAGAUACAAAAUUGAUUUGGAAUACGAUUUUGACUUUUACUAUCGUAUUGGAUGUGAAAGUAAAAGUUUGAAUGACAAAUUAAAUGAAGUGAAAUGCGAUUGGAAUGAAUCGAAUGGAUCAGAUUAUACAAUUGACUAUAUGAUAAAAGGAGAUGAGAUUCGAAAUCCGAGACUUUUCGUUCGGAAGACUUGCUGCUUUCAUGCGUAUUGUAACAAGCCAAAAAUGAAUUCUCGAAGAUAUUGGUUUCAAAAAGAUCAGAGUAUGCUGACUAUUUUGAGGAACAAAUACAAUUCAAGACAUCUUCUUUUACCUGUAAUAUUUGCUUUGUUCAUUCUUCUCAUCAUUUAUGGAAUUUUGACAUUCAUAAUGAGCUGGUGGAAAACGAAACAAUUGGCAGAAGGUGGAAAGAAAUGCAAAGAAUUAGAGUUGGAGUUGAUUCAGGAAUCAAAGUUUCCGGAGAGUAUAAUUCAAGAUUUGAAACUCGAAGUUACUGGAUGUUUAACUGUCAGAGAGACUGCAUUUGUUCUUUCACAACUUCCGGAUUACGAUAAGAUGAAACAUUCAAGAGUGAAGUCAGCGUCAACAGAAGAGUCGACAAAAGAAUCGAAAACGGGGAAAACAUUGAAAAUUACUGAAAGUGAAGUGGUUGUUGAAGGAAAAACAAUGAGAAAAGUGUUCUUAAAACCUGCAUUGAAAACGAAUGCAGCUGGAUGGGGACACAUUCUCUGGAAUACAAUCAGAACUAUAAAUUCUCCAAAUGAUAUUUUAUAUCGAAUGAUUGAACAUGGGCCAUAUCGAUACCCAUUUACAGCUUUAGAAUUACUUUCGCUUUUUGAAGAAACAGCGUAUCGAAUGGCCGACGAACCAUCUCUUCUUCAAAUUGAUGCGGAUAUUACAGUUAUUGGAGAUAUUCGUGGGAGAUAUACAGAUCUUCAUAGAUGGCUUCAAUUGACUGGAUGGCCUCCGGAAAACAGAAUUCUAUUUCUCGGAGGAAUUCUGGAUAGAGAUGAACCCGGAUCUAUUGAAUGUCUUGCUCUUAUUUGUGCAUUGAAGUGCCGUUUCCCAAAUCAUGUUUUCCUUCUUCGCGGUGAACCAGAAACAUCUCUAUUUCGAAUGAUUGAACGUCUCAAUCCAGUGAUAACUCGUGCAAUUCAGUCAUGUAUCAAAAGAAUGUGCUCUCAUAUUCCGUUCGCUGCCAUCAUUGGAAAGUCGAUUCUUGCCGUUUACAGUGGAUUUUCUCCUAUGAUUCGAAAAAAGAAAGAUAUCCAUGACUUGUUUCGACCGGUUAAAUUAGAAGAUAUGAAUGCAGUUGAACGACAUAUUAUAUACAAUCAACCGUCAUCUAAAGUUAGAAUGUAUCGACCGAAUCCAAGACAAUCUCAUGUUCCCUUCGGUUAUCUUCCAUGUUGGAAUGAUCGUCUGAUUAAUUUGUGGUCUGCUCCGGGAUACGGCUCUAAUUACGGUGCAGUGCUCUACAUUUCAAAAGAACUCGUGAUUACUCCUAUUCUAAUGGAGAAACAAUUAACCUGA